AUGCUUUCGCUAAUAUGGGCUGUUCUGGCUGUACUUCCUGCUUCGAUCGCUAAGUCGGAAUACUCUCACUUCAAACAUCACAAGAGACAACAAGGAGGAGAGGCUUUUCAACUCGAAGAACUGAAGCAAGGGUACGAAGCAGAGGUUCGACAGACAUUCAACGCGCGAUGCAACGAGAACAAUGUCAUUCGACGGAAAGAAUGGGGAAACAUGUCGCCCGCUGAGCGACAAGAUUACAUUCGUGCCACGAGGUGCUUGAAUAACCUACCUUCAAAAUCACACGACUUUUAUGCCCCGGGAGCACAAAACCGAAGGGACGAUUUCACAGUGGCACAUAUCGCCAACCACGAGAAGGUCCAUUUUUCGCCGUGGACAUUGGCUUUCCACAGUUGGUUUAUAUGGUUAUACGAGCAAGCGCUUCGUAAUGAAUGUGGUUAUCAAGGAGGUCUCCCAUACAUGGCCUACGAAAAAUACGGUUACCAACCACUCGAGCAAACUCCUCUGUUCGAUGGCUCCGAUACUUCCUUCGGAACCAACGGCUUCCUUCAACCCGAUGGCUGUCACUGCGUCGAUGGUCCUUUCGCCGACUUUCAGUGUCAUCUUGGCCCUAUUCAAGGUGGGCAUGGCUGUCGACCGAAUCCCCAAGCCAAUGGCCUGGGCUUCAACCCUCGAUGUCUGGAACGAGAGUUCAACUACGAGCACAUUGGCAACUUGACUGUUGAGAACGUCUAUGAGUCGAUAACACUGUAUACUGACAUCGGCAACUUCUGUCUCCGCUUCGAAAAUUUCCCUGGAGGCCUCCAUAGCACGCCGCAUGAGAUUGUCGGUGGUGCACAAAGCGAUAUCCCCGGCUCGCCUUGUGAUCCUUGGUUCUGGACCCAUCAUUGCGGAUUGGAUCGUCUUUGGCGCAUGUGGCAAAGUUUGGACUAUAAUGAUCGGAUGUACGCCCUGCCGCCGCCUGAGCAGUAUGCUGCUGAGAGGGUUUCUAGAGGCUGGCAACCGACGGAACUUGUGACGCCGGAUAGUUGGAUCUAUGUGUCUCCCAUACUGGAUGGGAUUCGUGUGGGCGAUAUGAUGAGCACUACUGGUGGGCCGUUCUGCUAUAUCUACGAGUGA